GCGUCUAUGGAGCUAGGCGAUCCACAACUAAACAACGGAAAUGAUGAUGUGCCUGAAGAGUCAUUUGUUGGAUCACAAGAACCAUUGUCGGAUUUCGAUAUUGUUGUUGGACAUUUAGAGGAGAUAAUGAUGAGUGAUCACUUUCAAACUAUUCAAGAUACAUUUAUGAAUGAAAAUUACAAUGAAUUUGAUGAAAAUGAAGAGAAUAAAUUUUGUUAUACAGAAAUUCAUGAAAAAUAUAUUGAUACAGUUGAAAAAGUAUUAGAAGAGCAAUUAUGUCAAAGAAUACCUCAUUUCUCAAUGCGUUCAUUUAUAGAUAAAUUAGCUUCCAACUAUAGUUCAUUAGAUGGUGAAGUAUUUGAAAUGUUGUAUACAUUCACUGAUUUUUUAGCAUUCAAAGAAAUGAUGAUUGAUUACAAGAAGGCUAAAACUGGACAAAUUGUUCAUUUGGAAUUAACUAAUUCUUAUCCUAAUUAUAAUCAUCUAUCGAUCAUAAUGAAUGAUACAAUGGAUCAUUCAUUACAAUAUAGAUCUAAUAGUACAAUUAGAAACUCUUGUUCUUCAAUGAUAAACUAUACGAAUGGAAAGAAUGAAAUUGAUCAUUAAAUUUUAAAACAAAAAAUUUACUUAUCUGUGAAAUGAAUUACAUCAUAUUCAUGAAAUUGAUUGCAUUUGUUAAUAAAUUC